CCUGGCAUGGCGCUGCGGAGGGGCGGCGGCGGGGUGCCGGGGCUGCUGCUGCUGCUGCUGCUGGGCGCCGCGUGCCUGAUCCCGCCGAGCGCGCAGGUGAGGCGGCUGGCGCGCUGCCCCGCCACUUGCAGCUGUACCAAGGAGUCCAUCAUCUGCGUGGGCUCUUCCUGGGUGCCCAGGAUCGUGCCGGGCGACAUCAGCUCCCUGAGCCUGGUAAAUGGAACCUUCUCGGAAAUCAAGGACCGAAUGUUUUCUCAUCUGCCUUCCCUGCAGCUGCUAUUGCUGAAUUCUAACUCGUUCACAGUCAUCCGGGAUGAUGCUUUUGCUGGACUUUUCCACCUCGAAUAUCUGUUCAUCGAAGGGAACAAAAUAGAAACCAUCUCCAGAAACGCCUUCCGUGGCCUUCGUGACCUGACCCACCUGUCUUUGGCCAACAACCACAUAAAAGCACUCCCCAGGGACGUCUUCAGUGAUUUAGACUCUCUGAUUGAACUAGAUUUAAGGGGCAAUAAGUUUGAAUGCGACUGCAAAGCCAAGUGGUUGUACCUGUGGUUGAAGAUGACAAAUUCCACUGUUUCUGAUGUCCUGUGCAUUGGCCCACCAGAAUAUCAGGAAAAGAAGCUCAAUGAUGUAACCAGCUUUGACUAUGAAUGUACAACUACAGAUUUUGUGGUUCAUCAGACUUUGCCCUACCAGUCGGUUUCGGUGGACACGUUCAACUCCAAGAAUGACGUGUACGUGGCCAUCGCUCAGCCCAGCAUGGAGAACUGCAUGGUGCUGGAGUGGGACCACAUCGAAAUGAAUUUCCGGAGCUACGACAACAUUACAGGUCAGUCCAUCGUGGGCUGUAAAGCCAUCCUCAUUGACGACCAGGUCUUUGUGGUGGUGGCCCAGCUCUUCGGCGGCUCCCACAUCUACAGAUACGACGAGAGCUGGACCAAGUUUGUCAAGUUCCAAGACAUAGAAGUCUCUCGCAUUUCCAAGCCCAACGACAUCGAGCUGUUUCAGAUCGAGGACGAGACGUUCUUUGUCAUCGCAGACAGCUCCAAAGCGGGGCUGUCCACCGUCUAUAAGUGGAACAGCAAGGGCUUCUACUCGUACCAGUCUCUGCACGAGUGGUUCCGGGACACGGACGCCGAGUUCGUCGACAUCGACGGAAAGUCGCACCUGAUCCUGUCCAGCCGCUCCCAGGUCCCCAUCAUCCUCCAGUGGAACAAAAGCUCCAAGAAGUUCGUCCCCCACAGUGACAUCCCCAACAUGGAGGACGUGCUGGCCGUGAAGAGCUUUAGGAUGCAGAACGCCCUCUACCUGUCUCUCACCCGCUUCAUCGGGGACUCCAGGGUCAUGAGAUGGAAUAGCAAGCAGUUCGUGGAGGUCCAGGCCCUCCCGUCCCGGGGGGCCAUGACCCUGCAGCCCUUCUCGUUCAAAGAGAAUCACUACCUGGCCCUGGGGAGUGACUAUACCUUCUCCCAGAUAUACCAGUGGGAUAAAGAGAAGCAGCUCUUCAAAAAAUUUAAGGAGAUUUAUGUGCAGGCGCCUCGUUCCUUCACCGCCGUCUCCACUGACAGGAGAGAUUUCUUCUUUGCCUCCAGUUUCAAAGGGAAAACAAAGAUUUUUGAACACAUCGUUGUUGACUUAAGUUUGUGAACGUGUGAUGGGUGAAUUUAAAAGACAUGUAGCUUUAGCUCUUACAAGAAAGGACCGAGGGGGAGGCGGGGAGCAAACGCAGCAGCCAGAUUCACCGUUCUGAUGUGAAAAAGGCACCGGGGACAUAGGUAGAAGUUUUCAAACUCUUAGAACUCAUAUUUUAAUCAGGGAUUGCAUUUAUUGGCUAACUGCAUGACACGUCCAUCCUCCCACUUAAAAAGACAUCCUGAAGUCUGUAAUUACUGAGAAAAAAAGAGUACAGCAUUAAUGCUUGCCGUCUAGGGAAAGUAUACGUGCUUUUUUUUUUUUUUUUUUUUUUUUUUUAACGAGGAAGGAGAAAAUCAGAUGAGAUGGGACAGCUCUUAUAAUGAAAUAAAAAACAAAAAGAUCAAACACCACUCUGGACCCUUCGUGUUCCAUUUUAUCAAUCUGUUGGGUAAGAACUCUUAACGCCAAAGUCAGCUAAAAAGACUCGCCGAUGAUUAGUUUUAAAAUCUU